UCCUCUCCUUAGUGCAACCGAGGCAACUUCAGUACGUAGCCCGACCUCAUGCGCGAGAGUCACGUCAACCUCGCCCGCGAACAAAAUCAAUUUAAAAAAGAAACCGUUAACAAUUAAAAUACCGGUAAACAUCUGUGACACAACCUGUGCUCUUUGGUAUUGGAUUUCAAAGUGAGAAAAGCGAAAAACGAGUGCAAAGUCUGUGGCAAUGGCGAAAAUUCGCUAAACGUUCACCCCAAAUGGUAAACAAAACACUAUUUCCCAAUCCCAAACAUGGAGGACGUGUACACAAUCAGAAUAAAGACCAAGCCAGACACAAGAAACUUGUAUCCAUCUGAGAGGAGAUACUCUGCGUCCACAGUGUCUGGUUUGGCAUGGGUGCAUAUUGCUUUAGCCGCUACGUCAUUCUUGUUAGCGUGUUUAGCUUUAGUGAACCCUACAUUGAACGUCACAGAAAGCGUUAGCAAUUCGACAGAGGCUUACGGCAACGAUACAACGCAAGACAAUACUACUGAAGUUCUAACAACACGCAACAAUAGUUACAUAUUAGUCGUAGCGCCGUCAUUGAUUACAAUAUUCGGUUUGGCAGCUGGCAUUACUUCUAUUUUAGCUUCAGUGAGAUGGUACAUCGACCGUAAUAUCACUUUGUUGUUCGUAAUGUCAUGCUUAUCGACACUUGUAGCUUUUUCGUCGCUUCUAAUGAUCACCGUGUGGUUUAUAAACACAACAGAAGGUGAUAUAACAGAAUUCUACAAGGACAAAAUUCCCUUUAAAGACAUACUCGUUAUUAAGCACACUGACGUAAUAGACAAAAACGAUUCGCAUUUAAUAGUCGCUUUAAAUCAAACUACAGAGGAGGGAGAAACGUCCAGUUUGUUCACUAAAAGAGUUCUAUCUAUAAACAUUCUCAUAGCAGCAUUCCUAGAAUUACUAUGGUCUAUUUUGAGCGUCAAGAUAUCGUAUAAAGGCAUGAGAAACAAUUACAAAGACGAUGGUGGCGGACGGCGAGGUAAUUGCAUAUCAGUUGUUACAACAAUUAAAGGCAAUGACCCGAAAAAUUUGCCGAGAAACGGAAAACUGCCUAAGCCCGAUUUAAUAGAACACUACCCUAGUAAAAAGAUCAAAAGAGUGUUUUUAGCACAAAACGAUAACGGCUUUUAUUUGAAAAACCAAAAUGGAAAAGCUAAGAAUACUGAAACGAGUUCAGAGUUUUACAAAGAGAGAAUGAUGAAUUUCUUGAACAAAUGCGCCUCCAUGGAAGGUGUUUCUAAUCCAGAGAGAACGCCCAGUGUACAAUCAGAGUUCGUAUUGAACACAAUACCAGAAGUAGCGAAUGUCGAAGUCAAUUUAGACAAGAGUCCAGCUAAAGACACCAGCGUGACACCUGUAAGUUGGGGCGACUCCCCAGACCACACAAUAUACAACCAAAACAACAUAAACUUUGAUAAGAUCUUCAAUUUCAAGAGAAAAAUCGACAACAACAACAAAGAAAGCGAAAAGUGCGAUGAGGCGAGUGAAAAUGUGCAUCAGAAUAAUUAACUGAGCGUGACUUUAUUGAAACAUUUAGUGGAUUGGAUGGAAAGUUGCUGCAGAUUAAUACGACCUUUGGUAAACGAUGUUAGGGUCGUUGCGUUGCUUUUGUGUGUUAAUUCAAGUGAUUAUAAACCUUUUUUGCUGUGAAAAUUUGGAUUACCUACUUACCGAGAGAUUUUAGUUUGUUAUAAUAUGCUAAGGUUUAAUCCUCGCCCUGUUUAGUAUUCAGUUUUCCUUUAGAAUAUAGAUAUGUAAAUAUAAGAUUAAUUAUAGAUACAACAUGUCGCCUUUCCAUGUUGUGAAAAGAGAUUAAUAACAUGAUAUAUAAAAAUUACGUUAAAUUGUAAAUGAAUUAAUUAAUCAUUCACUAAGGCCCGUAUUACAAAAUGACAACUAAGUGUUGAUCUUUACUUGAGUACAGUUAGAAAGGGAUAUCGCUAUGUGCU